GUGAAGGCGGCACACUUUUCGGAGUGCGUCGAUGUAGUGCGUCUCACGUCGAGACAAACAAAAAAAACUAGUGACACCAUGGCGGGUUCAAUCAGCGGUGAAUGAGGCACGACGAGAGCAGAGCAAAUGCCGAAAUGAACUCGUCCUUCCCUGCUGCUCAUUGUUUGCCAUGACAAACCUUGGAAGCUUCGGAUCACGUAUUGCGGUGAGCCGAAGCUGCCGAAAGGCAAAACCCCAGGUCCUCGAGGUCAAGUGGGCGGUGACCUUGCAAGCCGUAUACAACCAAAGACAUGGGCUUGCGCUAGGCUCAUCCGUUGCCGCUGGUCUUGGAUAUCACACUGAUCACCAGGCAUCCCGUUACCAAGAGGGGCCUCGUACCGCUGCAUCCAUCCUAUAUCCAUCCAUAGGAAGGCUUGACUAUAGCCUCCGACAGUCUGCCGUUGUCUCCACACGUGCGACCCUCUUGCCGUGUUUUUGUCCCAUUUCGGAUCGAGGUACAGCUCGAAGGGCAUGUCCAGCCCAUCUUGCAACGUACGAAAAAAGAAUUUUCAUUUUUUCUCUCCGCUGUCUCUUUUCUUUUUGCUCAUGGGGGUCAUGGCGGGAAAAGUCUCACCCAACCUCCGGAGGCGGAAGCGUGGGACGACCCGCGGUCUGUACUUGCUUUUUCCUUGUCCCAAGACCGGUAGUUGAAAAGUCCACUUGGCCGAGGACCACUUUUCGACUGCUGGCUUCUUUUUUUCCCCAUCAAUCUGAGAGAUCACAAAUCUAGCGCCAAUUUCGCCUGCCACGUCCUCUUCAGUGGCGUGGAAGGCCGUCCAUUAGGUGUGGUCUCUGCUUUCCGAGAGGUCCAACCAGCUGUUCAGGUGAAAAGCAGCAGGUUGGACUAAGAAGAGUGGCUUGGAAAACUAAGAAAUCGCCAGGUCCAACACAGAAGUUAUGGAAAUGAACGCAUUGAUCGUCUGUGGGUCGAUAUCAGUCAUACAUAAUACGCCGAAGGCGGACUUGGGCUCCGAGUUGCUUUGGAUCAAAUUGCAUGAUGGUAACCAACAACUGAGACAGUCGUUUUAAGGUGUCACGUGAACAAGGUGCCAAGCA